AUUGGUACCGGCUGCUUCGUUCAUUAAACAAGGCAAAAGAAAGCAAGCAAUAACAGACUAGGAGAGAGAGAGAGAGAGAGAGAGAGAGAGAGAGAGAGUCAAUGUCGUCCCAUUUAUAGUUCUACUUUCUUUCUUGCCUUCCACUAAUCUUAGCUUUUUCAAUCAUUAUUACCUUUACCUGUGUUUCCGUUUGAACUACUACUACUGCUGGGAUUCUGUGUAUGUGAAGAAGAAGCGAGGUUUCGGUUUUUUUGAGGAAAUUAGCAAUAAUGGAUGGACACCCACACUCUCUUCCGCCUCCUUUCCAUACAAGAGACUUCAAUCUGCAGCAUCAAUUUCACCACCAUCACCAACAACCGCAACCCAAAUCGGAAGAUGAACAAAGCGGCACCAGUGGCUUAAACAUGGGACAGAAGCGAGACCGGGAAGAGAUCAGCGACGGGAAGGAAGGAUCAGGAGGAACCGGCGGCGACGGAGAGAUUUCGAGACGGCCGAGAGGAAGGCCCGCUGGAUCCAAGAACAAGCCCAAGCCGCCGAUCAUCAUCACCCGCGACAGCGCCAACGCGCUGCGAACCCACGUCAUGGAGGUGGCCGACGGCAGCGACAUAGCCGAGAGCGUCGCCACCUUCGCGCGGCGGCGCCAGAGAGGGGUCUGCAUUUUGAGCGGAAACGGCAACGUCACCAACGUCACCCUCCGGCAGCCGGCCUCGCCGGGUGCAAUUGUCACUUUACAUGGAAGGUUCGAGAUUUUAUCGCUAUCAGGGUCAUUUCUACCACCGCCGGCGCCACCGGCCGCGACGGGCCUGACGAUAUACCUAGCCGGGGGACAAGGGCAGGUGGUAGGCGGCAGUGUGGUCGGCGCGCUGCUGGCGUCGGGUCCCGUAGUGAUAAUGGCGGCUUCGUUUAGUAAUGCGGCAUACGAGAGGCUUCCGCUUGAAGAAGAAGAGUCUUCUCUUCCAUUGCAAGGAGAUUCUAUCGGAGCUGGUUCUGGGCAGCAGCAGCAGCAACUACUUGGAGAAGACCAAUCGCUCUUCCAUGGCGUUCCGCCCAAUCUUCUCAACUCCAUUCAAAUGCCGCCGGAAGCGUAUUGGGCCACAGGGCGUCCACCAUUCUAACAGCAAAUUGAUGCGUAUUGUGACAAAUCUUAGACGUGGUUUUAGGUAGAGGAAUUUGGGAUGUGAGCAAUAUUAUUUCCAGGUUUCUUUCUUUUCCUUACAUAUCUUUUAUUUUCUUUUCUCAUUGAAUUUUGAAUUUACUUUUGGCUUGGAGUUUGAUGAUUAGAUGAUAUGGAUUUUGAAGAACUUCAAUUAAUUUGUAAAUUCUUCAUUAUUUCUUGCUGGUUUUCAAUUUCUAAGAGAUCAAUAGUGUCAAUUUGUUGC